AUAGGGGAGAGAGAGAGAAGGCUGUGUGUGUGAUACAAAUGGCAAACGUAUUUGGCACCCCCAUAAGUUCCAUGACGGACUCGACCAUAAGAGCAAUAUCAGGGUGUGUGUGUGCUGACAUGGAAAUAACGGCGGCUGAUAGGGCGCGUGCGGCGAUUUACUUGAAAGCCGCCGAUAUGAAGGAUAGGAACGCCCGGACUUACGUGGAUAAUCUGAAGAGCGAGUGGGGGAUAGGAGUAUCAACACUUUGCCUUGUUUACAAUGCUACUGGGAACACUAUCGCUUAUGUUGGUGAUCAUAAUUUCCAUGGGCACAUCGGGCCAGCUCCAUACCCAGCAAAAAUUGAAAACGGCCAGUGGGGUGCUAUUUUGCACGUCAAAACCUCCCUCGCAUUGGCCGGAUCUGAGGCAGCUGUUGUGUAUCGAGGCAGCACCGGAAAAGGCACCAACUGUGACUUCAUGAUGGCCUGGUGUAACCCGUGGCGUAGACAAGCGUUUAAUAACUCGGUCUGGGUGAAGACGCGUGGAGUGGACCACUUCGCUCGGUACAGUAAGGAAAAUUGGGAUUCAUUAUAUGCAAAGCUAGACGUGACUCGCUACUAUCACAGCGACGCAUGGGAAGGAUGCUUGUCAACGAUAUCAACCGGCAGCGCCACUUCCCCUGUGGUGGAAACUAUAUUCACUUUAGAAGGUGCAGAUGCCUGAUUCAUUAAUCCUGAUCGUGUUUUAGCAAGUCUGCAGGCUAGUUAGCAAGGGGUGGACUUGAGAACCCGAAAGAUGAAAUAGAACCUCUUCGAUUUCCUUAUCAUUGUUCUGACCGUGUUGGUGUGAAGGCCGGCUAGCUAGUCCAUGGUCGCUAACUGGCUGUUGAGUGUUGACUGACCUUGUUGAUGGUGAAGGCAGUAUACUACCUACCUCAUGCGUGUACGCACAUGUCUUACAAGCCAAAGAAUAUCAUCCUAUACUGUGCUUCCUAAUUGUGUAAUUGUUCGAUCUUAAAUUUAUACGCAUACUCCGUAAAACAGUGCAUUUAGAAUGCUUGUAUUCUUGCGGCCUAAGUCUUUACUAGGGUAUGACUAAUAAUCUUGCACAAAAACUAUGAUUAGAUUCGU